AUGGGAUUGGCAAUUGGGUGUUCGUGGAAUCAAUGGGACGACGCCAAAUCAAAGCUUUUUGGCGUGGGGAGUCAAAACGUGCUUGUAUUACUCACAGAUUUUGGCUACGCAUUGUACUUGUUUCUAAGUGCAGCAAAAAUAGACGUAACAAUGUCAGUAAAAACAGGGAAAAGCUCGUUACUCAUAGGAAUUCCAGCCGUAGUAGCCCCGCUACUCAUUGAAGGUUUGGUUCGGAAUGGCCUUUACGGUGACACCCAUUUAACAAGGAAACAAAGGACAGCCCUCCCCGUCUUGAUGGGGUUUCAUGGGAUGACUUCAUUUCCCGUUGUUGCUUCCCUUGUAAGCGAGCUUCAAAUUGUGAACUCAGAGUUGGGGCGUUUAAGCCUUUCAUCCGCCUUGGUCAGUGACAUUUUUGGUGUCUUAAUUAUGAUCGCAAUCGGCCAGGUCAACAGAUUCAACAACAACCCUUCAAAAGCCUCAGCUGAAUUGAGUUGUUUAUUGCUGCUAUUUCUUCUGGCUGUCUUUGUGUUCAGGCCUGCAAUGCGUUGGAUCAUCAAACAGACGCCUGAAGGAGCGCCUGUGAAGAGCUCUUACAUUCAACUCGUUAUUUUUUUGGCUCUGCUUUCCACCGUUUUGGCAAGCUUCACGGGUCAGUCUCCCAUUAUAGGCCCUUUCAUUUUUGGGUUGGCUGUUCCCGAUGGAGCUCCUUUAGCAUCAACGCUUGUGGACAAACUGGAAACCCUUGUUUCAGAUAUGUUUAUGCCUAUUUUGAUCACUACUUGUGCUUUGAGAGUGGAUUUUUCAAAGAUUUCAGCCGCUACUUUUCACAAUGAUUUCACUAAAAUGAACAUAAUUCUCAUAUGUGCGGCUGUUGGUAUCAAAUUUGUGACCUGUGUUGUGUCUUCCAAGUAUUGCAAGUUUCCCUUCAAGGAUGCUUUGACAAUAUCUCUCAUUGUGGGCUGCAAAGGCUCUGUGGAAUUGGUUUCCUACAGAAUAGUGAGAGACUACGAUGGAAUUGACGACGGGCUAUAUGGGACCUGCAUUAUAUGCAUCUUAAUUAUAGCAACAUUUGUGCCAGCUGCAGUGAGAUGCUUGUAUGAUCCUUCAACGAAAUAUGCAGGGUUUCAGAACAGGAACAUCAUGCACUUGAAUCCCUCCUCCGACCAGCUUCGACUGCUCGCCUGCAUUCAUCGGAACGAAAACAUUACUGCCAUUCUUCAUCUUCUGAAUGUCUCGUGUCCUACCCCGGUCAGCCCGCUCACCGUUCAUAUAUUCCAUCUGAUCGAGCUCCCUGGUCGGACCGCCCCCAUCCUCAUUUCUCACAAACAGCAAGACGACCCCCUCGACAACCACUCUUACUCUCGACAUAUAAUUAAUUCUUUCGAUCGGUUUGAGAGAGACAAUGAAGGGACGGUGUACAUUGAAUGCUUCACGGCAGUCUCACCAUGCACAGUCAUGCACGACGAGGUAUGCACGCUGGCGCUCGACAAGAUCGCAUCGCUUAUAAUACUUCCUUUCCAUAUAACAUGGACUGUGGAUGGUUUUAUCGACCAAGAUGACCAAAAGAUCAGGAAAUUGAACUACAGCGUGCUUGAAAAGGCUCCUUGUUCGGUCGGCAUCUUCGUCGACCGGGGAAAUUUAGGACGCUUCAGAGCAAUGGUAUCGUCGUCGGAAAUGAUAUGUAGUUGCUCAGUGUGUGUGAUCUUCGUGGGAGGGAAGGAUGAUAGGGAGGCAAUAUCAUACGCCAAACGCAUGGUAAGCGACUCGAGAGUCAGGCUGACGGUGCUUCGACUGCGGGCGCCGAUGGAAGAUCAAAACGGAUCAAAGUCACGCCAGACCUGGGAAGACAGAGUUGAUGGAGAGGUUGUUAAAGAUUUUAAAUCCAAGUGUUUGGGAGAUGAGAGAGUGGUGUAUUUGGAGAAUGUGUGCAGAGAUGGACAAGAAACCGCAUUCAUUCUUAGAAAAAUAGCUGACAGGUUUGAUCUUAUCAUAGUGGGAAGAAGAAAUGGGCUUCAAUCUCCUCAAACUGCUGGCCUCGAUGAAUGGAAUGAAUUCCCAGAGCUUGGCCUCCUUGGAGAUUUGAUUGCUUCAACUGAUAUCAACACUAGAGCUUCUCUGUUGGUAAUGCAACAACAACAGAUCAGAUGA